AUGGCGUCGUUCGCCGGCGUAUCCGUCCUGGACGACGGCGGGCUGUGCCCAGUCACCGAGUCGCCCGUCGAAACCAGCACGGACUGCGGGUACCACCUGCUCGUGGUCCAAGACUACUCGGGUGUCAAAGACAAGACGCCCACCGGCGAGAGCGUCGCAUCCCGCCCUUUCAUGGUAGGAGGCCAUCAUUGGAUCAUCAGGUACUACCCCAACGGUGAAAGCCAGAGCUGCGCCGACUUCAUUUCCCUCUAUGUUGCCCGUCUCCACGACGACGACGACGAUGACGGCGACAAGAAGCCCGUGGAAGCCAAGUUCGGUCUCAAUUUCGUCGACCAAGUUGAGAGGCAGAAUCCGGUCUACUUUCGUCAGGCGGAGACGUACAACUUCACCGGUUCUUCCUGGGGCCAGGACAAGUUUAUCAGAAAAGACGCCCUCGAACGAUCGCCGUAUCUUAGGGGUAACUGUUUCACCAUCCGGUGCGACAUCAUGGUCCUCAACAACACCAAGGAUGAUGCAGGUGGUGGCCGCAAGGCGCUCCUGCCUGACAUUUGCCAUGAUUUUAACAUUCUCUUCCGAACCGAGGUGGGUGCUGAUGUGAAGUUCGAGGUCGGCGGUGACAUAAUCAACGCACACCGAUGUGUCCUUGCAGCCCGAUCUAAGGUCUUCAUGGCGCAGCUCUUUGGCCCCAUGAAGGAGACGUCCAGCGUCAUACAGAUCAAAGACAUGGAUGCAAAAGUGUUCGGGGCCUUGCUUCGCUUCAUCUACACAGACUCAUUCCCAGAGAUGUUGUAUGACAACGACAUGGAGGUCGACGAAAUGUCAGGAGUUGUGAAGCAAGAACAAGAAGAGGAAGCAGCAGAGGACAAAACGCCAGCAGUUGUGAAACAAGAGCAAGAAAAGGAAGCAGUAGAGGAUGAAAUGCGGCUGCAGUGGUUGCAAGACUUGUUGGUAGCGGCAGACAGGUAUGACGUCCAACGGCUCAAGUUCAUCUGUGAAAAGCAGUUGUCUGAACACAUAAGUGUGGCCUCGGUGAUGUCCACUCUUGCUCUAGCCGAACAACACCACUGCUGCGCAUUGAAGGAGGCGUGCUUCAAGUUUAUCCAAGUCCAGUCUCCCUCGUGCUUGCAAGCCGUGAUGGAUACCAAUGGCUGGGAUUAUGUAUUUACGACCUAUCCGACGGUUUUUAAGGAGCUCGUUGCCAAGCUUGCUUCGAACCAGCGGAAGUAA